AUGGCACAGGAGGGCCAGAGUGAUGGGCCUAGACCUGCACCACCAUCAUGGGCGUCAAUCCCGAACAAGUUCCAAGUUUUCAUAGUCUGCAGUAUCCGAAUGGUCGAUUUCUUCCAGCAAGCGGCCCUCCAAGCAUACAUGUUCUAUCAGCUGAAGUCAUUUUCCCCAGAUGCGGACGACAGCCAGAUUUCAUUCGAAGCGGGUGUGCUGCAGGGCGUUUUCACCGCCGCGCAGAUUUUCACCGGAAUAAUGUGGGGCAGAGUAAUGGAUUCACCCAGAUUUGGGCGGAAAAGAGUGGUGUUGAUCUCGCUUGUUGGGCAAGCCGUGAGUUGCGUGGCCGUCGCAUUCUCGCGAUCGUUCAUCAGCGCCAGCAUCUGGAGACUUCUAGGGGGUGCUGUCAAUGCGACGGUUCCUGGUGCAAGAACUGUACUUGCCGAGAGCACAGACAAGAAGUACCACUCAAGAACUUUUCUAGUACUUCCUCUUGCCUGGAACAUCGCCAAUAUUUUCGGGCCGAUCUUUGGCGGACUCCUUUCGGAUCCAGUCCAGAACUAUCCAGGUCUCUUCGGCGCGGAUUCCACUUUUGGCGGUGACCAGGGUGUCAUCUGGUUGACCAAGUUUCCAUACGCUGCGCCAAACUUAUUUUGUGCAUUCGUUCUCCUGGCAGACGCACUUCUUGUCUGGGGAGCUCUGAGGGAAACCCUACAAGCGCGCAAACAAGUUCGCGAUCAGGGCAUUGAGUGGGCCGAGAACAUAAGCUAUCACGUGCGGAGAUUGGUCUUCUCACGAUUCGGGUACAGCCAAAUAGGACAGGGUGAGGAAGCGGGCCCAGACACUGUCGUCGACGACGAAAAUAUACCAUCAAGCACACCUCUCUAUCCCAUUACACCCCAAGCACCAGAAGAACCAGCCGCCCUCAGACCACCUUUCCACCACGCCAUCACACGGAAUGUGCUCCUCGUACUUCUGACGGUCGCGAUUCUAGAUUUCCAAAUGGGCGGCUUCACGACCUUAUGGACGAUCUUCUUGUCGACCGCCCGACGCACCGAGGAGCAAACCAAAGCCAUUCAACUCCCUUUCAGAUUUACUGGAGGCCUAGGCUUCUCACUAGCAAGCAUCGGCAUCUCCAUGUCGUUUCUGGGCUUCGCUGGAAUCGCGCUGCAGCUCAGUCUCUACCCGAAAGUGAAUGCCCGAUUCGGCCUGUUGAAAUCAACCAGUUGGGCACUCCUGGUGUUUCCCAUCCCGUACGCGAUUGCACCGUAUCUGUCGCUACUCGUCUCCGUCAGAUUCUUGCUUUGGGUUCUCCUCAUCAUCGUGGUGGUAUUGCAAAUGGCUGGGCGGACAUUCGCUGUCCCCGGAAUAGUGCUACUGAUGAACAACGCAAGCCCUAGCCCGGCCAUGUUGGGGACAAUUCACGGCAUGGGAGCGGCAACCUCGAGCGCAUUCAGGACCAUAGGACCUAUCGUCGCUGGACGCUGGUUUGGACAGGGCCUUGACCUCGGAAUUGUCGGCUGGGCUUGGUGGUGGCUGAGCGUCGUCAGCCUUUUCGGCUUUGUACCAAGUUAUUGGGCGAAGGAUGGCAACUGA